AUGAAUCAUAAUGAAGAGAGCAAGUUCGAUAAAAUGUUGGAAAAAGUGGAGCCAUUCGAGAGAACCCAAGGUCGUUUACCUUCUACUACCAAAACUAAUCCAAGAGAGUUUGUGAAAGCUAUCACAUUCCGAAGUAACAAGGUUUUUGAUGAUCCUCAUGGUAAGAAACCUAUCGAAGUUAAUGAUGAGUCAAGUGCUAAUGAGGCAAGUUUUAGUAAGUCAAAGGCUAGUGAGGAGGUAGUGGUUGAAGUUGAGUCUCCAUAUGGACCACCACCUCCGUAUGUUCCUAAGGCACCGUUUCCAAGCCGACUCAAGAAGACACCAGAUAACCAAAAAUUUCAUAAAUUUUUGGACAUCUUCAAGAAGCUACAAAUCAAUAUAAGUCUAACAGAUGCUUUGCGGGAAAUGCCUCAAUAUGCGAAAUUCCUCAAAGUCAUAAUCAUGAACAAGCGGAGUUGGGACGAAAAGGGCACCAUUUCAUUGACUGAAAAUUACAGCUCAAUCAUCUCAAGCAAGUUGCUUACCAAAUUGCAAGAUCCAGGGAGUUUCACUAUUUCUUGCUCAAUUGGCAUUUCUACUUCUCUUCAUUGUCUUUGUGAUUUGGGUGCAAGUAUAAAUCUAAUGCCCCUAUGUCUUUUCAGAAAUCUAUGUGGAAAUCAAUCGGUAAAGGAAACUUCUAUGAUGCUUCAAUUAUCCGACCAUUCACUCAAGAAACCGCAUGGAGUAGUAGAAGACGUGUUAGUGAAAGUGGGCAAGUUCAUCUUCCCGGUGGACUUUGUUGUGCUAGAUUAUGCGGUUGACAAGAAUUGCAUAAUGAUUCUUGGGCGGCCAUUUUUGAACACGGGGCGGGCGUUGAUUGAUGUCCAUGCCAGAAAAGUCACUUUAAGAAUGAAUGAGGAAAGUGUGGAGUUUGACAUGAGGCAUAAUGAUAGCAAGCGCGAGGAAAAGAAAUGCAUGUGGAUUGAUUCUAUUGAACCAACAUGCCAUGUGCCUAUAAAGGAGGUAAUUCCUUUAGGAAUAAGGAGGUUCAAGAAAACCCUCAAAUGUUUGCGCAUUAAUCAAGAAGGCACCUCAUGUCAAACCGCGCAAGGGAAAACUGAGACGUUGGGCAUCAUGGAAUUUGAAGCUCGAUGA